CUUUGACAGCCACUGACUCACUCAAGAUGCUUCCGAGGCUACGCACUAUUCUGGCUCAGCGCAGAAACUUGGCUAGACAUGCAUUCACUGCCCCAACACGCGCCUACACGGCUCCGGCUACACCUAGCCCGUCGUCUCAUGUCAUAACCGAAGUAGAGAAGAUUCUGCUCGGGACCGUAAAGGCGACUGGCCCCGUCUCUUUCUCGACGUAUAUGCAGCUCUGCCUCUCGCACCCAACGCAUGGCUACUACACGAACCCUGCCCACAGCGUGUUCGGCGCAUCUGGCGACUUUGUGACCAGCCCUGAGAUCAGCCAGGUCUUCGCCGAGCUCAUUGGAGUAUGGCUACUUGAACACUGGUCGACCAAUGCGCCUCAGAAAAAGUUCCGCAUCGUAGAGCUUGGCCCUGGACGCGGGACAAUGCUCGAGGACAUAUGUCUGCACGUGAGCCCUGUUCUUCCGCGUUUCGCGUCGAUAUUACCACAAUUUACAGGUAUCCACCUAGUGGACUCGAGUCUUCAUAUGCAAAAACUACAAGAAGAGAGGCUAGGGGAUGCCGCCCGUUCAAGAGGCUGGGAUCUCAAGUGGUACGACUGGCUCGCUGACGUCCCCUCGGACCCAGAACAGUACACCCUCUUCAUCGCUCACGAGUUCUUCGACGCGCUGCCGGUCCAAGUCAUCGAGCGCACAGAGCAAGGCUGGCACGAGAUCAUGAUUGCGCCCUCUGAUGACCCGAGCAUAAAGUACGCACGACCUUCAGUCGACUCGACCGCAGCGGACGGGUCAACGGCGGAAUCCUCGCCGGUAUCAUCAUCGACGGAACCUUCAACUUCUCCCUUACCCCCACCUGCAACUUCCGCACGUUGGACGCGUGUACUCUCGCCGCAGCCGACCGCGUCGUCUCAACUACUCGCAGCAUUUUCUCCGAGGUUUGCCGAGCUUCCUGUCGGAACGCGGAUCGAGGUGUCCGCCGCAUCCGCCAAAGCUGCGCACACCAUAGGCGAGCUGCUCACUCCUGGCGGCGGCGCAGGGCUUGUCGUGGACUACGGAAAAGAGCACGUGUUGGGGGAUUCAUUGCGUGCUUUCAAGGAGCAUAGGCAGGUCGACAUCUUUACGUCACCGGGCGAGUGCGACAUCACUGCGGAUGUCGACUUUGCACUCCUGAAGGAGUCGUUCAAGGACUCUGCUACGACGCACGGUACGCUGAGCCAAGGCAACUACUUGCGGCGGAUGGGCAUCGACCUUCGCACGCGUGUGCUCAUGCAGAGCGCGAAGAGCGAUGACCGCAGGCGGGCGAUCGAGACUGCUUCGAAGCGUCUCAUCGACCCACUUGGCAUGGGCGAGCAGUACCGCAUCAUGGGAGUAAGCGUGCCGCAGAAAGGGGAGGAAGUGUAUCCGUUUCUGAAGGAGAUGGAUGGCAAGUAGGGAAGGAGAGCGUUGACCAUUGUUCGUCCGACUGCUGACUGCAUCUAGCCCACCAAUUCACCUCAGUUUACCGGCUGUUCCUAUUCUGCGUGCUGAUGUUGAGCUGUCAAUUGUUGCGCGUGGAUAUGAUGCU